UGCUCCGCCACACGACACGACGAAGCAAAGAGUCAUCAUCAUUAUCAUCAUAAUCAUCAUUAUCAUUGUUUACAUGAUAAUCAUCAUUAUCAUCAUCAUCAUAAUCAUAAAUACGAUCCAAACCUCAAAGGUCUUCCCUUUUCGAACAGCGCAAACACUCUCAGUCACUGUUGUUACGCAGGAUAUUGGGUGAAGAGAGAGAUAGAGAUGCGCUUUUUUCCUUUCCUUCUCCUGUGACGCAGCAUAUUCUGCUUCGUUGCUUGUACUUGUAGUCUACAAAAUUAUUUAUUAUGUAUCCAAAAAAUCUCUGCUUGUUGGUUGAUCUGGUUCCAGUCAACGCAAUCGCAGAAUUCUCGAUUUCCACGCUACUUUUAGCUUCUACUUUUGCGCCGGUACCACCCAGCACGUGUGUGUGCAGAUGGUGGAUGAAGAAAUGAGAGAUUAUCUAGAGAUUAUAUAUACAAAAAACAUAUGAAUGGAUAAGUGGAAGAAGAGCAAGGAAGCGGGCGAGUUUUCGAACACAUUUAAAUGCUCUAUUUGUAUAUUGUUUCGUAAAGAUUGGUGGUGAACAGGACACGGAACACAGCACGAACGUGGAUGAAAUGAUAAAGAAUCAUCCCCUUAUCUCACCAACUCAUCUUGGAGAUAUUUUUAGGAUUUUUAUCACCUUAAUCGAUUCUAUCGAGGGCAGCAACAGCAAAAGAAGGUCGCAAAAAGGUGCGAAGCAUAUUGUGAAAAUUCGUAAAAGAUCAAAAACUAAUCUUUGAUUUGAUAAAGCAAAAAAAACCUAAACUAAUAAUCUAGCUAGCACCGCCACGAAGCAUCAUAUCCGUCUGCACCUUCCAACCAUCCAGUCACGCGUUGUAUAUUGAUUUUAAUGUGAAACACACAAAAGGGUGGAGUAAAAAAGAACCCACCAAGAAAAAAAAACAGGAGAGUCCGCGACGAAGAUUGAUAAUAAAGCACGAAUGUAGCGCUAGACAAGCGGGAAAAGAAGGCCAAAAGCCCUGGCUUGAAUGCCUGGUAGUUAGCUCACAUCCUUUGCACAGCCUCCAGUGGGAGAGCCUCUGGUGGGAGUAUGGGGUCACCACAUUUCUGUUGUUUAUGCUAGUACCCCGCUCAUUAGCUUACACCCUCCGCCAGCAAAUCCUUCAUCCCCUGGCUAGACAAUAAGUUUAGGCAAUAGCGCGAAUUAGUAGCAAUAUGUAUGUUGAGAAAAACAGAGAAAGAGAAGGGGCGCAGUUAGUCAGCCGGUUUAGUUGUACAUAGAAAACGGAAGUAGUCGCAGCAGUAGUAGUAGUAGCGGUAGCUAGUUGAUGACCAUGCAUGUGUGUUACGUUCCGCAAGUGUUACGUUUUGAAGUUCUUUAGCUCAGGCAAAUGGUGGCACAGAGUGGUUUGGUGUGGUUUGGCGUGGGAUGUUAUUGCCCACCACCAAAUCACCUUCAUCUCAAUCUCACCCUUCUCAUUCAUUCAGGCUCCACCUCAUUGCUCACUUGCAUGCUGGCCUCCCCAUCGAUCGGUUGCUUUGAUUCGCGCUUUUUCUUCGCUUCGAACGCUAAACCGAUGGCGAUCGAUCGAGUAGGUGCGCUCGCGUGCGCCUGUUGUGGAUGUGCCAGUGUGUUUUUGGUUGAAUCCAUCGCAGUAGUCAGAUUUUGGAGAUACAUUUUGUGUGCGGCGGGGGGAGCGCGUUUGUGAGACGAUGGUGGAGGGAUCUACAAACGAGACCAAACCGGUGAUGGAUUCGAUGGAGCGUGUAAGGUUGACUCUUUCUCCACACCACAUAAAAGCCCCCUUUCUAGUGAUUAGUAAAAAGGGUGAACUCAGAUACGGUACGAAACACAAUAGUUGUACGAAAUAAAUCAAUCGAAUAAACGAGAUCUACGAUCUUU